AUGGCACAUUUGUUUAAGGAAGAUGGAGUGAAUGAUAUGCAAAAGAAGCUUGCUGCUGAGGAAAUUCCAUUCUAUGAUCCAUCCCCUAGUGUAGAGCAGAGUAUUGUAUCGUUCAUACAGUCUCCACCACCCAAUAACAACAAGGCUAAAAUAAUGACUCUUUUUGAACCGACAGGCACAGGAAAGACAACAAUUAUCAAUAAUAUUUCAAAAAUUUAUACUAAUGUUUAUCAAGUAACAAUACAUCCAAGUAUAUCCGGAUACAUUGGACGUUCUGAGGUUAGGUGGCGACAGUUUUUUGGUUCAGUUGUGGAUUGUAUAUCAGAGUUUAGCCAAACAAACAAAUCAAUUAUGGUUAGAAAUCCACACGGACUGGAAACUCCUUUCUUAAUGAUAUCUUUGACUGUGGAGAAAGUAUUAGGGAAAUAUUCAUUUCUGUUUCUUCAUUUAGACGAAUGUCAGUUAGUGAUGAAUCAAGAGUUCUUUAAAACUCUUUCUUCCUUAAUGCCUUGCUCGCAUAAUGUAAAGAUGAUACUUACAGGAACAACUGCUUUAGGAAAUGACGAAAUUAACGGAACGAGUUAUUUUCAAUCUAUUGCUUGUCCUCCUUUGCCACCAUUUACUGCAGAACGAGUUAAAAAGGUGUUGAAUAAUGUAUUAAAAUGGGAAGAAUUGAAAAUGCAAAACCAAACGAUCGAACAAUCAGAAGAAAUUAAAAACAAGAUUGAAGAAGAAGUGGCAGGAACGCCAAAGAACAUACUCUACUUCUUACAAGAAUUAAGAAAUCAGUCAAAACCUAUUACAAAACAACUGCUACAAGAUACCCUUGAUGGUGCUUAUUACAUCUACAAGACCAAACAAAAGAAAAUGUUGGAACAACUUCUCAAUAUCGGAAAACAAUCAUUUGAAAAUGAAGCACUAUUAGAAAAAUUAGUAAUGAUUUUUUCAUUUCCAAACGAUUUUGGAUUGAAAAAGGAUGGAAAUGGUGUUUUGACUGGUAGUACUUCAAAUCAAGUUAUUCAAUAUCUCCUUCCUUUUAACCAUUCUGGAUUGGUUAGAAUCAAUCAGGAAAGAGAUGAUACAAUUACACUAGCAAUUCCAGAUAAUUUCACAUUAAGGUACAUUAGAGAAAACACUUUGUAUUUCCCUAAGGAGUGGCUUGACACUUUCAAUAACUGUUGUACUGUUGCAGUCAUAGGGUACAGUGUACAAAUUUGGCUUGCAAUUAUGCUCCUUAACCAGUACUCAACCCUCAGUGCCCAUGUCCAACGUAUUAUCAAAAAAGAACAAAUUCUCAUCUAUUAUAAUUGA